GCCAGGCAACUGCGUGGAGCGCGUAGUCAAGGGUGGCUAAUCGAGCACAGUUGGCUUGAUAUCACCACGGGAGUCAAGUUCAGCACGAGCUCGAUUAUUCUGCCAUCUUUAUUUAUUAGCUUUGCCUAGCCCUGGAGCGCCUGCUGUCAACCUGCCUGGCUGCCUCAGCUGCCGGCGCUAGCUAGCUUGACGUAGCUAUUUAGCUCUCAGUAAUGACUUCUAACAUUACUCUACCUCAGUGACAUUUAGUCAGUGUUAAUGAUACGGAAGUGUUGAGGGCAAUGGGGCUUCCGCAGAGCUCGUUUUUGUCGGACGGGGGAAGUAAUUGUGGCUAUCAUGUACAUGGGGUUCAAGAGGCCUCACCUGCUCUGAAGGCUGGUCUGGAGCCCUUUUUUGACUUCAUUCUCUCAAUAGGAAAUACUAGACUUAAUAAAGAAAGUGACUUGCUGAAAGACCUUCUUAAAGCCAAUGUGGAGAAAGCCGUCAAACUUGAAGUGUACAACUCAAAAACCCAACGAGUGAGAGAACUGGAGGUGAUACCCAGUAACAUGUGGGGUGGUCAGGGUCUGCUGGGUGCUAGUGUUCGUUUCUGCAGCUUUGAAGGAGCCAGUGAGAAUGUUUGGCAUGUGCUGGAUGUGGAAGCCAGUUCUCCUGCAGCUUUGGCUGGCCUUAUUGCUAACAAUGACUUCAUUGUGGGUGCUGACCAGGUGUUGCAAGAUUCAGAGGAUUUCUUUUCUUUGAUUGAAACCAAUGAGGGGAAACCACUGAAGCUGCUGGUGUACAACACACAGACUGACCAGUGCAGGGAAGUAGUGGUGACUCCAAAUGGAGCAUGGGGAGGAGAGGGAAGCCUAGGCUGUGGUAUUGGCUAUGGCUACUUGCACAGAAUCCCAACUCGUCCAGCUCAGCCAAACACCCAGAACAAAAAUGUUCUGCAAUCCAUGGUGGCUGGCAGCAAUGAAGAACUGGCUAUGAGUGACCACACUGAGGUGCCUUCAGUGGCUGCAUGUAGCCCGUCUGGUAUCAGUGAAGUAGAUUUCAAUCAAAUCAAAGGAGCUGUGGAAGACUUGUGUGUAACCUCGCCCACACAGCCAGCUGUAGACUUGGAUAUUUCCAGCAUACCUGAAGCGAAGACACCGGACUUGUCAGACAUGGUUUCCACCAAUGACAUCAGUCAGAGCUCUGUGUUUGCUAAUUAUGGAGAUGAUUCUGGUCCUCAGUGUAGCAUGGAUAACCCAUCUGUUGACCAAAGACCUUCAUCUCCAGAGAGGGAAGAAGACCCAGACACCAAGGAGACUGAGCAGGGGUGUCUUGUUGACGCGAUCGCUACUGCUUCUCCGAGCAGAGAGACUGCAGAUGACCUUAUAGGCCUCGAAGUCACCACAGAGAACCUGAGUGACUCGAGUAUCCCAGAGGCACGAGAUACCACUUCUGAGCCCUCAAGCCCAGUCAACAUUAUGGAGGAGAAGACGUCGGAGACUGCUGCACCCGACAGCUAAGCAGACUGCUUUACCAGAGUAUAAGUAACCUGUUUCACUCUUAACUGAAUUGCAUUAGAGGAGAUUUAUAGCGCACUACGAUACAGAGAGCUUCCCUUAUGAUCCUAUGUUACAUCACUGGAAUUAUUUUUUAAUUUCUGAGAAUUUUAUUUACUCAUAUACAGGUGCCAUUGCUGUAUGCUGAAUUGCACAUGUCAAAAAGCUAAUAUGUUAGCUGGAAAUUAGGUAAUCUGAAUGUAUUGUAUGUGAUUUCGUCUUACUGUACGUCUCAACAUCGAGCAGGUUGAAACUUUCAUUGAGCCUCGGUUGCUGUUAAAAGUCGUCCAAGUUUGCACUAAAAAGCCAAAGGUGAAUAACAUUUUGUCGUGCUGCUCUAACCAUUAUUACCUGCUGAACUGUAUGAAGAAACUGUUAGAAAAAGAAAGUCUGAGCUUGAGUUCACACAGAUCCAUCAUGUGGUUUUAUUUUUUUUAGAUUUUGGAAUUUGGGGUUGAGUUUUGAGACAAGUACAUGUGUUAAAACAAUCUCAGGCAUUUACCAUUCAAGCCUCUUUGCCUUAUGUCUCAUUUUAAAUAUACUCAUUUCUUUUGUGUAGGUUUGAUUUAUGAGAACUGGUGUAAGCGGAUGAGUCAUGGCUGCUAUGGCUCUCUGAUUGUUUUCUCCUUUUUGUCUUUGUAUAGAUUUUAAUUCUGUUAUGUUUCAGGCUUUUAUGGAUGGACAAAAAUAUUCAAAUAUUUAUAAAAAGAAGAUGUUCAAGAUAAACCCA